AUGGCGACAGACAGCCUCCCCAGUGGCAAAGACAAGGUGGUGUUCGUCCUGGGUCCGACCGGCUCCGGAAAAUCCAAGCUGGCCAUCACCCUCGCCACCCAAUUUAACGGUGAAGUCGUCAACUCGGACAAGAUGCAAGUGUACGAUGGCCUGGACGUUAUCACCAACAAGGUGACCGACGAGGAGUCCGCCGGCAUUCCCCACCACCUCAUCGGCGGCGUGCACCCGGACGCCGACUUCACCGCAUCCGAUUUCUGCCGUGAGGCCAUGCAUGCAAUCGAUUCCAUCCUCCAGCGUGGUCACGUCCCCAUCAUUGCCGGCGGCUCCAACUCCUACAUCGAGGCAUUGGUUGAUGGCGAGGGCGGCGUGUUCCGGUCCCGGCACGAGAGCUGCUUCGUGUGGAUCGACGUCGAUCCUUCCCUCCUGCACUUGUUCGUGUCGACGCGAGUGGACAAGAUGGUGGAGAUGGGGCUGGUGGAGGAGGCCAGGAGUGAGUUCCACCAGGAUGGUGACUACUCGAAGGGAAUUCGGAGGUCGAUCGGGGUGCCGGAGAUGGACGGCUAUUUCCGCAUGGAGGCAUCGGUCGAUGAAGCGACGAGGGCGAGGAUGUUGGAGGCGGCGAUCACCGAGAUCAAGUUCAACACAUGCAAGCUGACCUGCAAUCAGCUGCAGAAGAUUCACCGCCUCUCCACCCUCCCCGGUUGGGAUGUGCAUCGCAUCGAUGCCACCGGAUUCUUCCUGAAGCGAGGCAGGGAGGGCGAGGCCGAGGCAUGGGAGAAGGUGGUGGCGGGUCCUGGCAAGGAGAUUGUGAACAGAUUUCUGAGGGGCAAGGGUGCAAGUGGAGCGGUGCAGAAGAAUGAGGGGAAGUAUGUGAAUGGUGAGGCUGAUAAGGCUGUUACCAAUGGAAUAAAAGAGAGGAGUGAGGUUUGA